AUGAAUAAUGACCAAAAUAAAAGAAAUAAUAAUAAUUGGUUUAAUAAUUGUACAAAUGAAAAAGAAAAAAAAAAAAAAGAUAAAAAAAGAAACACAAAUAUACAAAUUUUUUACAAAAGUGAUAUAGAUAUAUUUUCUCCUUGUAUAGAUGUAGAAGGAAAAUUAUGUGUUAUAACAAGUACAGGGGAUAUACUAAGAUAUAAUUUUGUAAUAGAUGAUAUAAAACAAAAUACAAAUAAAUCAACAUCACCAACAUCACGCUCAUUAACAUCAUCACCAUCCUCCUUGUCAUCAUCAUCAUCAUCAAUAUCUUCUUCAUCCUCCUAUAGAAAAGAAAGAGUAACAGCACAAAAUGAACUUUCAUAUGAAACGCAAAAGGAUGAUGACGAGGAAGGAGAAAAAUAUUACGAUUCCAUUGAUGAUGUAGAAAAUAUAAUAAAUAGAGGAGAUAAAAAAAAAACACAAAAAAAAGAAAAGAAAAAAACAAAUAUUCAAGAAGAAAAAUAUAUUAGUAUAGAUUUUUCCUCAGAAUGUUUAUGUUCAGAUAAUGAUUAUAAUUUCUAUGUAUUUAACCCUAUUACUAAAUGCAUAAUGAUCAUAGAUAAACAGAAAAAGGUCGAUUUAUACGCAGAGGAAUAUGAAGACAAAGAAUUCAAGGGGAUAAAUAAUUUAUUAUAUGAUAGUAAAAAUAAUAAUUUAUUUAUUGUUGAUUCAGGUAAUAUAUAUGAAGAGAAUACAUGUAAUAUGUAUUACAUAAAUAAAGAUAUAGAAACUAUGAUUUCUAUAGAUAUGGAUUCUUUAUCAUAUGUUAAUAAUAUUUGUAUAUAUGAAAAAGAUAAUAUAAGAACUAUAUAUGCAUGUGUAACCAAAGAAAAUAGAAUUAUCAAGUUAAUUAAAAAAGGAAAUACCUACAUAAAAACUGGAUUCUUGUAUAUAAACGGAAAUUAUUCUCCUUUAUUUAUUUGCACUGAUAAUAUAAAUUUUGUAAUACUACUAAAAGAUUUAAGUGAAGAGGAAAAAAAAGGAAAGGUUCUGGAAAUCAAUUCGAAUGCUGAAAUUAUUAAUUCUUUUUUUAUGGAUGGCAAUCAAUUUAAUGGUAUUUGUUAUGAUCACAACAUAAAAAAAUAUUUUUUUAUCGAAAAAAAUAUAAUCUAUAUAUAUUGA